UUUUAGACAGGAUGAUGGUUGUGAUUACUGCCAAAUUAAUUGUGUUGCUUGUCAUAUAAAUAUGGAGCGGCAGGAGCUAGGCGGGGAGAAAGUCAACAGAAGUUUUUACACUUCUGCGUUUGGAGCGCAUUCAAGUCGAUCGUCGUCUUACUUGUUGUCGGAUACACCGAACUCUCUGAGCCCCGAGCCUUUAUCUUCUCACGUAUCCUUUCCCAACGCAGCGUCUUGUACCAACUCGCAAGUUACUUUUGGGUGCCACUUCGCCAACAGUUUCUACAGUUGCAAAACCUCCCCAAGCGCAGUGUUUCAACAGCGAGUCGUGAACCACCACAAUGUUAAUGGGAAACUAUAUGGACACUUGGCUGAUAAACAAGAUGUGGUGGAUUUCAGUAGAGCUGCACUACACCGCGGUGAGGGUCCGACCAGGAUUCGGGACAUUGGAGUUUAUCAGGGCUAUGCAGGACCCUAUAGGGUCCCUGGAUAUAUUGAUGUCCCUGUAGUUCCACGCGCCAGGACAAAUCACAUACAUGACAGUCCUUUGGCAAUGGAGGAGUACGAGCCCUGGAACUGUUGGAGCAAACAAAUUUAUUGUUCGAAAGAGCAAACGGCCAGCCCAUGUAUCUGGAAAUCGUCAAUAACAGAAGACCCUGCGCCUGAUACCGGCCCUUUUCUUCGUCGCGGGAGGAAGAAACGGGUUCCAUAUACGAAACUGCAGCUGAAGGAACUCGAGCAUGAAUACACCAUUACAAAGUUUAUUACUAAAGAGAGGCGACGACGGAUAGCCUCUUCCACUAACUUGUCAGAGAGACAAGUUACUAUAUGGUUUCAGAAUCGCCGUGUCAAAGACAAGAAAAUAAUUUCCAAAAUAUCUAAAGACUUUGAAUCUUUUUAAUGAAUUACUACAUAAACUACUUAUAUACGCAAUUAAAUGUUCUUAAUGCUCUGAUGCGUCUUAUUGAUACAAAUGAGACCUAAUGCGCUGUAAUUUAAAUCGAUGUAUCCAUUUUAACUGCUUUUAUAUCUCACUGAAUAAUUAAUAAUAUUCUGCAAAUACCACAGCUUUUUCAUAUAGAUAAGAAAGGUUAAGUCUACUGAAGACAUAUACACUAGGAUAUGAGUUUAUUCUAUGGUUUGGCCAUUUCGAUUUUGUCAUAUACAUUUAGGUUUUGAUUAUAUAGAUGUCAACGGUGAAAAUUGUUUAUCCAAUAAAAUGACAUUGCAUCAUUUGUGAAUGAUUGUGAUUCUGUUGCGAUAUAAACAUGAUCCUAUGCACUUGUUAUAAAGAAACGGAAUGUUAUUUAUUAUACACGUUAUGAGGAAAGUAUACACAUGCUCUAAGAAAACAGACUAUUAUUUAUUAAAGAAGGAAAGCUUGGCAUUGCAGUAGCAUGAAAUACACGUUCAAGAUUCAACCACAUAUGCAAACCUUCGUGAUUUGUGUUCAUUUGUGAAAACAAAACAAUAAAAUAACAUUUCAAGUAA